AUGCAUUUAGUCGAUGAAUUAGGUCUCUUUUUUUAUGUACUUGAAGGAAACAAAAAUCAAACUGAUUUAAUUAAACAAAAUCUUUUAUUAAAUAAUUCAACUAAUGAAAUAAAAAUAACAAUCUGUUUAACUGUUCAAAUAACAUUUAUACUUGUUGUCUUGGAUAGUUUUGAAGAUGCUAUUGUUACUCUUCCUACACCUACUCUAUCAAGUUUAUCUGAAUUUGAUAUUGAAUCACCAGCACCUAUUCUUGUUAGUAAAACUAAAAUAGAAAAACCGAUUAUAAAUAAAAAUCUUGAUUUAUCAGAACAAAAACAAUCGAAAUUUGAAGAAAAUAUUCAAAAUGCAUUAGAAACAAUUGCAAGACGUUCACGAGGUUCAUUCAUAUCAUCAUCGAUGAAUAUGAGUAAUAAUAGUAAUGAAACUUCAUCACAACGGGAUCUUAAUGAUGAAUUAGAUACUGAUAUUAAUGCAACUAUAUUUAAUAACGAUUUUUUAAAGAAGAACAACAACAAGAAAAAGUAG